AUGAGCAAGGCUUCCAAGGAGCAUGCAUUUGACCAGUUUAAGCGAGUCUUCCACUAUAAGGACGAUGGAAAAGGGAUCAUAAAGCGGGGAAUUGUACAAAGGAUAGGAAAUUCCUGGAGGAACGUAAGGAAUCAUUUGUUCCAUAAGGUUUAUGACGAAGAACUGACUUUUGACCAAAACCUCAAGCGUAAGCCAGCAGGAAUAGAGGCAAAUCACUGGAAAAAGUUUCUUGAAUAUCGGUUGAGCGAGGACACAAAGGAGAAGUGUAAAAAAAAUGCUGCUAAUCGUUCAAAGCAACUGUACACACAUACCGGAGGUUCUAAAACGAUGGCAAGAAAGAGACACGAAGAAGAGCUACGACAGGGAAGGCCUAUUGGUAGAGGAGAGGGAUGGACCAUGAGUCAUAAAAAAAAGAAUGGUUCCUAUAUGAAUGAAGAUGCGCGUCUGGUUGGGGAAGCAAUUGAACACAUUGAGAACCAAGACCCCUCCAGUAAGGAAUUUUCACAUAAUGAUUCCCUUGCACAAGUGCUUGGCAAGGAGCACCCAGGAAGAGUUCGUGGACUUGGUUUUGGUCCAUGUUCCAGUCAGUGUUUUCGUAGCAUUCCACAGCAGUCUGACUACGGUGUACAAAUUGAGGAGUAUCAGAUGGAGAUUGCAAAACUUAAGGCGGAAGCAGCAGAACUUAAGGCAGAGUCAGCAGAAUUUAAGGCAGACAACAAGGAGCGGAAGGAACCACUGCAAAAUUAUAUCGCUGCAAAAUACCAUUUAACAGCGGUUGUUCCAGCGGUUGCUCUUAACCGCUGCAAACGGUUUAGCCGCACGCUAUAUUCCAGCGGGUGUAUCAACCGCUGCUAUCUAUAUGGCAGCGGUUAA